ACAGUUCGUGCUAGACCCACAUAACAUUAUCCAGUUUAUUUGUACAGUGAUAAAAGUUCGCUCAUAUUUAUAUAAUAUAUUGGUUUAUUUGGCAUAUUUUGCUUGUCUGAAACGUUUAUGUAGUAGUGUUUUAUAAUUACUUAUAAAGGUUAAUGCUACAAUGUCAAAUAAAGCGGCAGAAAUUGUGCAGGAUGCUCGAAAAGCUUUUAAUAGCGGCAAAAGUAAAACCUAUGAAUUUAGAUUGAAUCAACUUAAAGGUUUACAGAAAUUCAUAGAAGUUAAUGAGAAGAAAAUAGCCGACAUUUUGGAAAUAGAAAAUACCAAACCAAUAUUUGAAUCCUAUUUAGGAGAAAUCAUUUAUAUGAAAAAUGACAUUCAGAACGCUAUAGAUAAUUUAAAACGAUGGAUGGAGCCUGUCAAACCAUCAAAAAAUUUGAUGUUUAUUAUGGACCAGAUCGAGCUAAUUCCAGAACCAUAUGGAGUAGUACUAAUAAUUGGAGCGUGGAAUUACCCCUUUGCUCUUACCUUAUCACCAUUAGUAGGUGCUAUUGCAGCUGGAAACUGUGCUGUUAUAAAACCUUCCGAAAUAACUCCAAUGUCGGCUAAGUUUCUGGAAGAUGAACUACCCAAGUUUAUUGAUAGCUCCUGUUAUUUUAUCUAUAAUGGUGGAGUACCAGAAACCACUGCAUUAUUAGAAAAUCGUUUUGACUACAUUUUCUAUACGGGAAACAGUGCAGUGGGUCGAAUAAUUUACUUAGCAGCAGCAAAGCACCUUACUCCAGUUACUUUGGAAUUGGGCGGUAAAAGUCCGGUUUAUUUGGAUGAUUCAGCUGACGUAGAAAUAGCGGCUAAUCGUAUAUUAUGGGGCAAAUGCGUAAAUGCUGGACAAAGUUGCUUGGAGCCAGAUUAUUUGUUAUGUACUGAAUAUAUGAGAGAUAAGUUUGUACGGGCUGCUAAAAAUACUAUUCAAAAAUGGUACAACAAUGAACCUAAAGAAAAUAAAGACUACUGCAAAAUUAUCAAUGCCAAUCAUUUUGCAAGACUAAGUAAACUUCUUGCAGGUCAAAAAAUUGUAAUGGGAGGUUACACAGAUUCUACAAAACGCAUAAUCGAGCCAACUAUUUUAGUAGACGUAAAGCCUGAUGAUGCUAUAAUGAAGGAAGAAAUAUUUGGACCUAUUUUGCCUAUAAUUACUGUUGAGUCUGCUGAAGAAGCUAUCGAAUUCAUAAAUAAGAGGGAAAAACCACUUGCUGUAUAUGUAUUUAGCAAAAGUAAAGUUGAACAAGAUAAAUUUAUAAAAGGAACUUCCAGUGGUGGAAUUUGCAUUAAUGAUGUCAUGGUGCAUUACUCCUGUGAUGCGUUACCUUUUGGAGGGGUUGGUAAUAGCGGAAUCGGAAGAUAUCAUGGAGAAUACAGUUUUAGAACAUUUUCACAUGAAAAAGCAACAUUGAUUAGAACACUAAACAAAUUUGGAGAGUAUAUUCAAACAAUAAGGUAUCCACCUUAUUCAGAGAAGAAGCUUAAUAUGAUCAAUGUGAUAACUAAAAAGUUACCUCCGAUUCCAGGAGCUGAGUUCUUUAAGCCCUUAUUUUUUAUAUUUUUGGGUGUCAUUCUUACUUUGCUAAGUUUUGGUUGCAGGAAGUGAUUUUAAUUUUAAAGAAUAUUACUUACGUUCUGUAAUAUAUUUCACAAAAUAAAAAACAAAAAUAUCA